CACAACAAUUCCACAACGCGAUCUCUCUCUAUUCUUUGAAACCAAAGUUCAAACUCUGUCUUCCCUGGGUUCUAUUUCGAAAUCAACGACGAUGAGUUCCACAGAGGCAGCAGCCACAGAGAAGAAAGGUGGAAGAGGGAAACCGAAGACUUCAAAGUCCGUUUCCCGUUCCUCCAAAGCUGGCCUUCAGUUUCCCGUCGGCCGUGUCGCUCGCUACCUCAAGGCCGGUCGCUACGCCCAGCGCGUUGGCUCCGGUUCCCCUGUUUAUCUCUCCGCGGUUCUCGAAUACCUCGCUGCCGAGGUUUUGGAGCUUGCGGGGAACGCUGCGAGGGACAACAAGAAGACGAGGAUCGUUCCGAGGCACAUUCAACUGGCGGUUAGGAACGACGAGGAGUUGAGCAAGCUGAUGGGAUCUGUGACCAUUGCCAACGGUGGUGUUCUGCCUAACAUUCACCAGAAUUUGUUGCCCAAGAAGGUCGCUGGCAAGGGGAAGACCGAGAUUGGAUCUGCUAGUCAGGAGUUUUAGAUUUAAGACUCUUGUGUUCGUAUGUAGUUGGUUGGCUUAUAUAGUAAGAUUAGGAUUGACAUUGGAUGAUGUAUAGUCCUUUAACAUUUGAAAAUAAUUAGUUGUUUUCUAACAUGGUUCCUGCAUAGUUUUCAUUUAUUUGAGUUUCUCGUGAAUUGAGAUAUCUAUUCUCUUUUUAUUUGUGUGUUUGGGCAUAAUUUUAGUGUGGUGUUUAUGUUGAAGGUGCUGUUGAUGGUUGAUGAUAUCAUGUGUUGAUGGUUUUCGUU